AUGCAUUUAUAUAUGCGCACUAUAGUGAGUGACCGUACAAACGUUGAUAUUGUUAUUCCAACAAAAGAACAAACACAUCUUGAAGCUUAUAAACAGUGGCGUGAACGAGCUGAUUCAAAAGUUUGUUGUGAUUAUGGUUUACAUAUUGGUAUUACACAUUGGAAUGAACAAGUUGCAAAAGAUAUGGAAAUACUUUCGAAAGAAAAAGGUAUUAAUUCAUUCAAAGUUUUCAUGGCUUAUUCAGAUAAUUUUAUGUUACAUGACGAUGAAAUAUUUCAAAUAUUUUCAAAAUGUCGUGAACUUGGUGCCAUUGCAAUGGUACAUGCUGAAAAUGGUUCACUUGAAGCUGAAGCUACAAAUCGAGCUAUUACUAUUGCUGAACAAUCUCGAUGUCCUCUUUAUGUUACACAUGUAAUGAGUAAAACAGCAGCUGAUAAAGUACAAGAAGCACGAUUAGCAGGUCAAGUGGUAUUUGGUGAAUCUAAUGUUGCAAGUUUAGGUACUGAUGGAUCACAAUAUUUUAAUAAAUGUUGGCGUCAUGCAGCUGCUCAUGUUAUGUCUCCACCUCUUCGUAAUGAUUCAACAACAGGACAUUAUCUUAUGGAUCUUUUGGCUAAUGGUUCAUUAUCAACAACUGCUACUGAUCAUUGUACGUUUAACGUAAAUCAAAAAGCUUUAGGCAAAGAUGAUUUUCGAAAAAUUCCAAAUGGUACUAAUGGUAUUGAAGAUCGUUUAUCAGUUAUUUGGACUAAAGGUGUUGAAACAGGCAAACUUGACAUAAAUCAAUUUGUUGCUAUAACAAGUUCUAAUGCAGCACGUAUUUUUAAUAUGUAUCCAAAAAAAGGUCGUAUUGCAGUUGGUUCUGAUGGUGAUUGUUUAAUAUGGGAUCCACAAGCAACAAAAACAAUAUCUGUUUCAACACAUCAUCAAGCAUGUGAUUUUAAUAUAUUCGAAGGUUUUCAAUGUCAUGGUUUACCUGUAAUAACUAUUGUUGCUGGUAAAAUUGCUUAUGAAAAUGGACAAUUACAUGUUAUACAAGGUUCAGGCAAAUAUAUUGAAACAACAUGUUUUACUGAUUAUAUUUAUCAAAAAUUAAAUAAACGAGAACAACUUCGUGAACAACUUAUCAAACAACAAAAGAUUGAACGUGAACCAUAUACAGGUGAAGUUAUCGAUGUAAAUAAAUCAGUUUCAAAUGGUGAUUCGAAAACAAGUCCAAAAAAUCAAACAAUACAUAAUAAUCAUGAAUUACCAGCUGCUGGUUUUCAUAAUCGACCAGCAACACGUGCUGGAGCAAGAAAUCUAUUUGAUUCAAGUUUUAUGCUAUCAGGUGAACAAUGGGAUGAUGGAAAUCUUCGAAAAACAACACGUGUUCAACAACCACCAGGUGGACAAUCAAAAGGAUUAUGGUGA